AUGCCCAUGAAUGAGCUUUAUGCUCACUUAAAGGAGUAUGGCUAUAUGCGAGAAAUGCUCCUUACGAAUAAUAUUAGUGAUCAAAUGCCUGGAUACUGUGAAUAUCAUCAGGAGAAAAUAGGCCAUGACGUAGAAAGCUGUGAACAGUUUAAAGAAGCUGUUAGAAAAAUGAUGGCGUUAGGGAUCGUGUCUGUAAAGAAGGGAGACGCUAAAGUGUGCAUGGUAGAAAAAAAACAGAUUGAGCUUGUCAUUAAAAAUUCAAGCCCAAAAGAGUGGGUCCAGGUAGUCUCUUUUAUGAUAAACAAAGCCUCUGUAGAUCUUGCACCUCAUGCAAGACAACCAACAUUGACCAUAAGCACGCCUCAUCCCUUUCCCUAUGAAAGUGAUCGAGCAGUCCUGUGGAAAUAUCAAAGCAUUGUGGGGAACCAUAAAAAACCAACGUUGAUUGCCGGGACAAGCAAUGAAAUGGCAAACCAAGGGGGUGUUACUCGAAGUGGAAAACCAUACUUACCAUCUUACAUUAGGAAAAUGGUAAAAGAGAAAAAUGCAAGUAUUGACAGGCCAAAGGAAGAUAAUCCUAAAGAAAUGGAAAAAUUAGAAGAUGAGUUUUUAUUGAUUAUGAAGCAAAGUGAUUACAGCAUUGUGGACCAAUUGAAGAAAACUCCAGCACGUAUCUCCAUACUUUCUUUGAUUUUGAAUUCUGAAGCGCAUCGCCAAGCAUUACAAGAAGUGUUGAAUCAAGCUUUUGUGCAGCCUAAUAUAACCCCUGAGAAGGUGGCAACUGUAAUGAAUGUUGUAAAAGCCUCCUCUACCAUUUCCUUUUCGGAAGAGGAAGUUACAGAAAUCGCUGUCUACCAUUCCAAGGCUUUGCACAUCACUUUGAAAUGUGAAGGGUUCAUAAUCGCAAGAGUAUUAAUUGAUGGAGGAUCAGUGUUAAAUGUCUUGCCGCUUUCCACAUUUGAAUCAUUAUCACUAGAAGCUUCAAGUGUACAUAAAAGCAAUAUUGUGGUAAGAGCAUUCGAUGGAUCAAGACGGGAAGUAUUAGGAUCCAUUUAUCUCUCCCUGGAGAUAGGGCCUAGCAGGUUUAAGGUGGAUUUCCAACUCAUGAACAUAGACCCAAGUUACAUAAUGUUGCUAGGAAGGCCAUGGAUUCAUUCUGCUAGGGCUGUUCCUUCUACCCUACAUCAAAAGGUUAAAUUCAUCAGUGAUGAGAGAAUUAUAGCAGUUAAAGGAGAGGAGGAAAUCAUGGUGAGCAAACCAAGCUUACUCCCUUAUAUUGAGGCUGCAGAGAAAGAUCAUGGAGUUUCCUUUCAAAGCCUAGAGGUCGAGGGUAUUUGCGAUAGUACUCAUAACAUCAAUUCCGUCGUGGCUAAAAUCAUGGCGAAGAGUGGGUUUAUGCCAGGGAAAGGUUUAGGCUCUCAUUUACAAGGAAUUACGUGUCCAAUUAAGGUUUUGGAUAAUUGUAAUCGCCAAGGGUUAGGGUAUGAGCCUACCCUAGAAGACCAGAUGAAAGACAAAGUAAGUUUGGCAAAAGGCAAAAAGGCCAGUAAAUUGGAGAUUCCACACAUUAAAGAAUCCUUCCCAGGCCCGUCUGAGGUGAUAUAUGAACCAACUAUCUCAGUGAUCUCUUUUAAUGAAGAUGUAGCAUGUAGAACAAGUGCCUCAAUUGCAGUCAAUGAUUCCAACAAAGUUCUGGCGAAUUGGGAGUUUGAAGAGGCCAAUGAUAUCAUUAGCUUAGAGGAUUUUAUUUCUUCUGAUUCUAUCUCUCACCCAGAGAUUAAUAAACCCUGUGAAGAUGAUUCAUUCGUUGCCACUGAUAUGCAUGAUUGUGAGUCUGAUGAUGAAGACAUAAUCCAAACUUUUUCUAAGAUGCUUGAAUUGAGUGAUAAGGGAAUACGCCCACAUGAAGAAGUGAUUGAGAUGGUUAAUAUGGGAACCGAGGAGGAUCAAAGAAUGCUCAAAAUAGUAGAUAAUCCUGAAAGGGAACAAACGAUUGAGUUGUUUAAAGAAUACAUAGAUGUGUUUGCAUGGUUAUAUAAAGAUAUGCCUGGGCUAGACCCAAGCAUUGCUUCUUAUAAAAUACCAUUACUUCCCAAGGUCAAGCCUAAGAAAUAG